ACUGUUACACCACUCUUCAACUCCCUCGCCCAUGGGCCGGACGGUCCUCGCCGUGCGCGUGACCAAGGCGAUCGUCUCCACGUCGACCAAGACGACCCACUAUGAGCUAGCUAUCACCGACUGCAAGACGCAGGCGCUUCUGACCACGCGGAAGCGCCACCGCGACUUCAAGCAGCUACUUCAAGCUGUCGCCCGCGCGCUCCAGGUCGGCCACGCCUGCGCUUCGGUUUGUCCGUGGUUUUACAUGGACCUGCAGCAGAAGAUGCCACGCCCGCACUUCCUGGACCUCUUUGCCCAUGGGCGAGCCAUCGCGAGCCGCAUCGCGGCCUUUCAAGAUGUCCUUGACACGAUCCUCAUGUUCAUCUCGCACCCCAAGGCCAUGGCCUGUCCACGCGCCGCCGACGCCGUGCCCAAGGCGUUCUACGACUUUCUCUUUGCCGACCUUGACGGCGCCGACCGGCUUAGCUCGUCGCUCUCGUCGUCGUCGGCGUCGUCGUGGGGCUCGUCCAACUCGGUCACCGACGGCGUCAUCUGCGCGCUCUGCAGCCGUUUCUUGGAUGACCACGGCCUCUACGAGCAGAGCGCUUGCCUCACGACGCUCUCGUGUGGCCACGUCUUCCACGACGACUGCAUCGUCGCGGCCCUCAAUGUCCACCUCCUAUGUCCGUGCUGUGUAACGCCGUAAUACCAUCGACCAUGUGCU